AUGAUGCAAUACGAUUUUAUUGAUGAAUCAACAGAUAUAGAAUGUAGAAAUGGUUUAGAAACGAAAGAAAAUAUGAAUUUUUAUCAAACAUAUCAACCACAAGACAGUUUUCUUAAAACAACAAUAUCUAAUAGUAAUAUGAUAACAACAAGUGAUAUAUGGCAAACUUCAUCAUCAAAUAGUAAUACAUUAAAUCAAUCAUUUUAUUUUCCAUCAUCAUUUGAUUUUAAUAAUUCAUCAAAUCCUAGUCAAUAUCAUACAAUUGAUAAUAAUAAUUAUGAUUAUCAAACAUUACCUGAUGUUUCUCCAUCUUAUUUAAUUGAUCCAUAUUCUCAUAUGUUUACAAAUAAUUAUUCAAUUGAUCCAUAUACAAAUCAAACAACAUAUAAUUCAACAUCAAUGGAUUAUUCAUCAUCAACAUAUAUUUCAACAGCAACAACAACAGAUUCAUAUCAACAUCUUCAUCCAAUGUAUACGAAUACAAAUAUUACUGUUCCAUCUGUAUCAUCAUAUAUUGAUAUUCAACCUGAUUAUCAAUCGACAACAACAACAACAUCAUCACAAUGGGACUCGACUAUGAUGAAAAUGCAUAGUCAUGAUGUCACAUCAGCAUCGAAUUCUAGCAAUAGUAGUACUAGUGCUAGCAAACAACCAUGUCUCGUAUGUCAUGAAGAAUCGUCCGGCUACCAUUUUGGUGCAUAUACAUGUGAAUCGUGCAAAGCAUUUUAUCGACGAGUUACGAAAGAUCCACUUAUCGAAAUUAAACAUUCUUGUGAAGUUCCAUUACCUAAUAUAACUAAAUCCAAUCGAAAAGAUUGUCGAGCAUGUCGUAAAGCUAAAUGUGAUCGAGUAGGAAUGACAGCUAUGCCAAAAGAUCGUGCGUCACGAACAACAACAACAACAAAAACUACUUAUAAAAUUCCUUCAAUACCAAUUACAGAUCUUCUUGAACAACUUGGUCAUGAUUUAACUUAUGAUCAAUUAUCAACAUCAUCAGCAUUAGAAAAUAUUCUUCGUAUAAUUGAUUUACCAUCAAUAAUUCCAAUUAAUUUUGAUUAUCAUACACUUUAUAUGAAUGCUAUUCAAAUAUGGAGAAAUCAAUAUAAUCAUUCAUCACAAAUUAUAUCUAAUAUUGCAUUAAAUGAUAUAUUUGCUGUAUUACUUUUUCUUUUUCAUGCUUUUAUAACAAUGACAGAAAAUGAUGAAGAUAAAUCAAUAAAUAAUAGUAAAUUUGAUAAACUUGUUAAUAUACUUCAACAAGAAAUUUAUCGUUUAACCGGUACUGAUCAUCGAUCAGCUUGUCGAAUAAAAGCUUUAUUUAUGAAAUGUUAUGUUGCACUUGCUCAAUAUCCAAAUAGUACAAAUCUUUUUGUUAAUAGUAAUAUAUCCCAAUCACAAUUUAUAUCUUAUCAACAAUAUCCAGUUUAUGGUCAAUAA